GGACGGGUCCCCACCUCCCCCCACCCCGCUUGCCCAUCGCACUUGCCGUGCCCGCCGCCACCUCUCGGCUCUUCUCCACCAAAAUGACCACCUCCUCUGUGUGCGCUCAGCCCGCCAUUGAUACCCCUCACUCUCCUGCCACUGUUGCCUCCAAGCUCGCCGAGGCAUCUCCCCCGGUUCCGAUGGCCACCCCUACCCCGGAGAUCACCGGCGAUGCGGCGGCCCUCCUGAAUGCCUCAACCUGCUCCCGGCCGGUGGUCAUUUGCGGCCCCUCUGGCGUGGGCAAGGGGACCCUGCUGAAGAAGCUCUUUGCCGAGUUCCCGUCCGUCUUCGGCUUCAGCAUUUCUCACACCACUCGCGGCCCCCGGCCCGGCGAGGAGAACGGCCGUGACUACCACUUCACGAACGUCGAUGCCUUUGCCCAGGACCUGGCCGAGGGGAAGUUCAUCGAGACCGCCACCUUCUCCGGCAACCGUUACGGCACCUCCUUCGAGUCCGUGCGCAAUGUCAUCUCCGCCGGCAAGUCCUGCAUCCUGGAGAUCGACAUCCAGGGCGCCAUCAGCGUCUCGAAGACCGACAUGAACGCGGUUUUCAUCUUCAUCUCCCCCCCCUCCUACGCGGAGCUCCAUUCCCGCCUGACCGGCCGCGGGACCGAGACCUCGGAUCAGCUGGCUGCUCGCCUGCAGGCCGCCAACACCGAGCUGGAGUUCGCCUGCGGAUCCGACCUCUUCAAGCACAUCGUCGUCAACGACGACCUGGAGGUCGCCUUCCAGAAGCUUGUCACCGUCUUGGCCUCCGAGCUCCAGCAGCAGUAAGCAAGGUGGUGCACAUCCCCCC